AUGCCCCAACGCGGCUCCAGGAAGGAGCUGCUUUUCUCCUCUGAAUCGUCCGAGUCCUCCCCCGAACGCCCACCCCCAGCAAAAAAACUGAAGACAUCUGGUCCUCCGACAUCCAAGUCCUCACGGGGCCGCUCAUCUCCCCCACCAUCUAAAUCGUCUCGUUGCUCAUCUCCCCCACCAUCCAAAUCAUCUCGUCGCUCAUCUCCCCCACCAUCCAAAUCGUCCCGUCGCUCGUCUCCUCCCCCUUCUAAAUUAUCUCGCCGCUCGUCACCACCUAUCUCUAGAUCUUCUCGUGGCCGCUCGUCUCCACCCGUUUCAAGGACUUCUCGCUGGUAA